GAUAAAGGCAGAGAACCAGGAGAGAAUUACCACCUGAUGUGCUGAUAUUGGAAAGCAUCCCUGCAAUAAGAAAGUGAAUCACUCACAUAGUUGUAACAAUGGCGGAAGCUGACCCCCCCAUCAUGGCGGGCAUUAUUUUCAACGCCUAUAACAAAUACUAUCGACACGUUCAAAAUCUAGCGAGGGAAGGACUUCAGAGGUACCAUAAUGAUCCAGUCCUCACGUUCUUCAAGAUGUACGGCACCCUUAUGGAAGACCGUGUACAGGAAGCCAUACGAGAACUGGAGUUGAUCAAGGAUAUCCCGGAGACGUCUGUGUGUGCCACCAUGGCACUGAUUUAUGCUCACAAAAAAGGCGACAUGAUUGACCGCGACACCAUUUCGGAACUGGAGAGUAAGAUGAAGGAGAGCCGCAGGACCGGUGGAGCCAAGGCUCUCUACUACGCUGGCUUAUUCCUGUGGCUACUGGGAAGGAACGAAAAGGCUCAGGAAUACAUUGAUAGGAUGCUGAAGUUAUCCAGCAGGUCCCCAGAGGGUCUGGUACUGAAAGGGUGGCUGCAGCUGACUUCUAAUAAGAAAACGGUCGCCUCCAAAUGCAUGAAAUACUUCGAGGAAGGCAUUCGAGGCUCCAGAGAUAUAUUUGGGAUGAUGGGAAAGGCGACGUGUUUCAUGAUGCAGCAGAAUUAUUCCGCGGCCCUCGAUGCGAUUAACCAAGUUAUCGUAAGCUUCCCUUCGUUCGUUCCCGCGCACGCUCUCAAGAUGAAAAUCACUUUGGCUCAGCAAGACUGGGAUCAGACCCUGGAGAUGGCGCACAGAAUCCUGGCAAAAGAGGCAACUAACAUUGACGCUUUUCAGAUUCUUGCUGUUCAUUGCCUUGCAAGAGAAGGAGAUUUAGAGAAAGCAUUAAAGCUCGUCAGAGACCUCAUUGUGACUUUGGAUUCGGUGGAGCCCAAAAACCCCCUGCUGCAUUAUCAGAACAUCCUCGUGAUCAGUAGGCUGUGUGGAAAGAACCAGGCGAUCCUGCAGGAGAUCUCCGCGUUUACCGAGCGCGCGUUCCGUAUGGCUCCGGGAUACGCCGACCUCGCCACGGAGCUGGCCAAUCAGCUGAUGCUACAGGGCAAUGUGGCAGGGGCUGCGGAGUGGUACUCCACGGCUAUCAGGGCAGACGCGGAGCACACAGAGGCACUCGUUGGUGUCAUAUGGUGUCAGAUCCUGCAAGGCCAGCUGGAAGAGGCAGAAAUGCAGCUCGAUUUCUUGCACGAAGUUCAGAAAUCAUUGGGGAGAUCAAAGGAGAUGUGUUACAUUGAGGCAAUCAUGGCUUCAAAGAAGGACAAGGAAGAAAAGAUCGUAACGGACCUUCUAAACGAAGCGGUGGGGAUUCACUUUGGGGCAAUGCAGGACCUGCCCCUCGGCGUGGAGUACUUUGAGAAACUCAAUCCCAGCUUCAUCAUCAACGUGGUGAAGGAAUAUUUGGCGUUUUGUCCUAAGCAGCCCGGAUCCGCAGGGCAGGCCGUGUCGCCCGCGUUGAAGCAAGUUGUCGCCAUUCUGACCCCCGUGGUUAACGCAGCCCCUGCCUUAAUGGAGCCGCUUUAUCUUAUGGCUCAGGCGAAGUAUUUAGCAGGAAACCUGGAAGGAGCCCUGGGAAGCCUGCAGCGCUGCGUGGAGGUGGACGCUACCUGUGCUGACGUUCAUCUUCUGAUGGCACAGAUCUACUUCGAAAAGGGACAGUUUAAGGAGUGUUCACAGUCUCUGGAGACAGGCGUGAGCUACAACUUUCAGGUCCGGGAUCACCCCCUGUAUCAUCUAAUGAAAGCCAGAAUUCUGAAAAAGAACGGGGAGCUGGCGGAGGCUAUAACAACGCUCAAGAUGACCAUGAAGCUCCCGGAAAUGAGCAGCCGAGCCAAGAAGGGCCAGCUCUUCGCUCUCAGCACCGGGGAGCGCGUCUCCGUGUAUCUGGAGCUCGCAGAAAACCUACGGCUCAACGGCGAGCAGCACGAAGCCACUAAGGUGAUGCAAGACGCCAUCCUGGAGUUCCAAGGCACUGCAGAAGAGAUCCGGAUAGUUCUCGGUAACGCAGACUUAGCGCUCAGUAAAGGAGGCGCGGAUAUGGCCUUGAGCAUGCUGAGGGAUAUCGCCCCCGACCAACCGUACUACACCGAGGUCAAGCAGAAGAUGGCUGACAUAUACCUCAAUAUUCGAAAGGACAAGAAAUUAUACAUCGCGUGUUAUAGAGAGCUUUGUGAACGGUUUCCUGGACCUCUCACGAGUCGUCUUCUAGGAGAUGCCUUGAUGAAGAUCCAAGAGCCGGAGAGGGCUCUGGAGGUUUACGAUCAGGCUCACAGGAAGAAUCCCAGCGACGCGUCCCUGGCCAGCAGAAUCGGACGAGCGCUCGUCAAAACCCAUCAGUAUAAAAAGGCGAUUAAUUACUACGAAGCGGCUCAGAACAUGAGCGGCCAGAACUUCCUAUGCUGUGAUCUCGCUGACCUUCUCUUCAAGCUCAGAAACUACGGCAAGGCAGAAAAUGUGCUCAAGAAGGCCCUGGGCCAUGAACCAGCUGCGGACCUGGCGUCGUUGGUGAAGGAUGUUAAGUGUCUGGUGUUAUUGGGCAAGAUCUACAAAACCUUCAAAAGAGAAGAAUUGGUUGAUACGUUAAAUAAGGCUCUCGACAUCCAGUUACGGAUCCUAAAGCGCGCGCCUCUGGAACAACCCGACCUUAUCGCCGAGCAAAAGCAGACGGCUUCGGAAAUCUGCGUGCGAAUCGCUGAGCAUUAUACGGAUCAAAAAGAUUAUGAGAAAGCCCUAAAAUACUACAAGGAAGCCCUGCUUUAUUCGGAGACGGACGGCAAGGCGAUGCUGGAAUUAGCGCAUCUUUACCUAAUAAUGAAUGAUUUGGAUUCCUGUGAAAGCCAAUGCGCCGUCCUCCUUCAAGACCCCGGUUUUAAUGAAGCGGCUUCGAUGAUGCUGGCCGACAUUGCGUUUCAGAAACAGGAUUACACGAAAUCUAUAGAACUUUUCCAGAAAGUAUUGGAAAAAGCUCCAGAUAACUUUGACGUCUUGAGUCGAUUAAUUGACCUGCUCAGGAGAGGCGGCAAGCUGACCGAAGCUCCAGCGUACUUUGACAUGUCUUUAGCUAAAUCCUCGCGGAAUAUCCUCGAGCCCGGAUUUAAUUACUGCAAAGGGCUGUACUGCUGGUACAUAGGACAGCCCAACGAGGCCCUGACAUUUUUUAACAAGGCUCGCAAAGACAAUGAGUGGGGUCAACGCGCCAUCAGCAACAUGAUUCAGAUCUGUCUGAACCCCGACAACGAGCUAGUAGGAGGAGAGGUGUUUGAAAACUUGGAUGAAGAUGGACGCCUCUCGGAGGAAGCCAGGGAGUCGGAGCGAAGGGCCGUCCGCACGGCAGAGAAGCUGCUCAAAGAUUUCCAUCCUCGAACUCCACAAGCGCAGAGCCAGGCGGCGAGGCUCCAGAGCUACUGUCUGAUGGCCACAAAGGACAAAACCAACGUGGAAAGCGCUCUGGCGGCCUUCACAGAAAUGGCCACGGCGGAGAAGGAAGAUGCCUCCUCCAUUCUCGCCGUGGCCCAGGCGUACAUGAUUCUCAAGCAGACGCCGCGGGCGAGGAACCAGCUCAAGCGGUUGUCGAAAUUUAACUGGUCCCUGGCCGAGGCGGAAGACCUGGAGAAAAGCUGGCUCCUGCUGGCGGACGUGUACAUAAAGUCUGGCAAAUACGACAUGGCGACGGAGCUGCUGAAACACUGCCUCCUGUACAACAAGUCUUGCAGUAAAGCGUACGAAUACCUGGGCUUUAUCAUGGAGAAGGAGCAGUCCUACAAAGACGCCGCCGACAACUACAGACAGGCCUGGCACUACAGCAAUCAGUCGAGCCCGGCGAUCGGUUUCCGAUUAGCCUUUAAUUAUCUGAAAGAUAAGCGGUACACGGACGCCAUUGAUAUCUGCCAUAAGGUGCUGAAGGAUCAUCCGACCUACCCAAAAAUCCAAAAAGAGAUACUGGAAAAGGCUCAGGCCGCCCUGAAGCAGUAGCAACGAUAUAUCUCAGCACAGAGGGGGCCGAAAAGAAGAUGAGAUACAUUUACUAUUAUUAUUAUUAUCUUUUAUUUAUAUAGCGCCAACAACUUGCGCAGCGCUUCGUACAAUACAAAUAUUUAAGGGGUCUGACAAGACUAGAAUUGACCGACU